AGAGAGAGAGAGAGAGAGAGAGAGAGAGAGAGACAUGCACCUGUGGCCGAACACCUGACUCCUUUUGCAGAGUCAACACUGGCUGAACAGAGUAGUGAGAGAAAAGAAGAAAGGGAAAUGAAGAACGAAGAGUAGAUCAAAGGAAAAGAAGAGAGGUGAAGUAAGAAAAGAGGUAACACAGGCAGAAGUCUUGAGUGUUUUGGAGUGUUGAGCAGCGGCAUGACAAAGAUCAGGCAACAGACCAUUGGUGAUACAGUGGUCUAAAUUUUUUCUGGACGGUGACAGACAUACCCCUGUCUCUCUUCAGCACAGGACAGACCCUGUCAGGUUCAACAUUAACCAGCAGGUCCAGCCCCCUUGUGACUUUCAGUCCAGCUAUGGCUGACCCCUCCCCUGGCUGGUGGAAGCUGACCUUCCUGCGCAAAAAGAAAUCUGAGUCUAAGGUGCUCUACGAGAUUCCACCAGAGCUGGGAAGCAACACUGGAAACAACACUGGAAACAAGGACUCCAGUGUCCCCCCAAAUGGCAACCCUGAGGACAGCCAGUUCAACGCACGGCUAGAGAAGAUUGUGGAUAAAACGGCAACCAAGGGCCGCCAUGUGAAAGUUUCACAUUCGGGCCGCUUUAAGGAGAAAAAGAAGAUCCGUGCCACCCUGGCUGAAAACCCCAACCUCUUCCCAGAGCAUACUCUGAGCAAUGAGAACCACAGGGCUGAAAAAUAGUGCACACACACACACACACAUAGGCAGUCAUCCUCUCUUUCACCUCUCCCCGUCACUUUCUCUCCAGGACAGACCCACCCAUACACACAGACAAAUAUAAAAACUGAAGAACAUGCUAAAUAUAAAUACACAUAUCAGUACCUAUUCACACCUAUUUCUAUUGAUAUGUCUGUUCAUUAAUUUAUAUACCUACAUACAUGUGUAUAUAUUGCAUAUAUGUAGGUACACACAGACAUACACAAACACAUAUGAACGCACAUUCAUGGAAGAGUAAAGAAGACAAAUAACUCCUUACCAAACUAGGUAAUGUUAUGCAAAUGGGGAAAUCCCAUUCAACUACACCUGCCCACAUGUUCACAUGCACACUACACCUGAUAAAUCAUGGAUAUUAAGUUGUCCUCUGUCAACUGUGUGACAACACCCCGGGCUCUAAACAUUGCUCCAGCGCCAAACUCUUGUGCAAGCAUGGGCUGGAGAUAUUUAUAUGUGAUGUACUGCACAUUUGCACAGAAGAGCAAGAGACUUCCAGUGUGGCAUGUGCUCAGUGGUGGUCUUUCUGUCUCUCCUCCACUGGAACUCUGAAUUCUGAAUGGACAUCUGACCCUCCAUUUCACAAACGAGUCCAUGAAACAGGAACGGGGCAAAUGCGCAGGUUAAUAAUUGAUACCGUUAGUCAUUGGAUGCAUGCGAGAGAGAAUUUGAAACCUAAUUUGUUUUUUCCAUGGUGCGGAUUAAAACAAACUUUAAAAUGACAAUCAUUUUCUUUAUAGUAUCAAUGGUGUUUUUCGUUUAUUUUUUAUUACUAUUAUUUUUUUUGCUUUCGUAGAAAGUGAGAUAAUUAUAUGACGAUUUCAAGCUGCAACAUGAUUCCGUUUAUGCUCUGUCCACCUGUUGCCAUGACUACUGACUAGAUAUGUGGCAAGUGCCCUAAGUGCACAGUGAGUGAAACUGUAUAUUGAAUGAUGCAAAAACAGGGAACCAAACAACAGUAAAACAAAACAGCAGUAACAAGAGCUGAGAUCAACAAACACACAUGAAGGUAAUGCCAUUGUUCUCUGAGCAUCAAUGAAUUAAUGAAUUAA